AUGGCACUGUCAUGGGAAGCUGUCCCUGCAAAGACUGAAGCAAAGUCAAAGGCACUAAAGGCCAAGAAGGCUGUCCUUAAGGGAGUUCACAGUCACAAGCAAAAGAAGAUACGAACUACCCCCACCUUCAGGAGGCCAAAAACGCUCAGAUUGAGAAGACAACCAAAAUAUCCCAGAAAAAGUGCCCCAAGGCGGAACAAACUUGAUCAUUAUGCGAUUAUCAAAUUUCCUCUGACCACAGAGUCUGCCAUGAAGAAGAUUGAAGACAAUAAUACUUUAGUAUUCAUUGUUGACGUUAAAGCAAACAAACACCAGAUUAAGCAGGCAGUCAAGAAAUUGUAUGAUAUCGAUGUGGCAAAAGUCAACACAUUGAUCAGACCUGAUGGUGAGAAGAAAGCUUAUGUCCGUCUAGCACCAGACUUUGAUGCCUUAGAUGUUGCCAACAAAAUUGGAAUCAUCUAAAUGUUCAACUGUAAGGCUGUCUAAUAAACUCGAAAAUUCUA